AUGUGUCGAGGCGAGAACGUGCAGUGCAAGGAGUGCUUCCGACUAACUCCCCGGGUCGUCCAACUCUGCAUCCGUGGAGAGCUGAUGGUGACUUGUCCCGAGACUAUCAUCGAGGGCGUCAGUCUGGAAAAGGAAGAAUGUAGACUAUGCCGGUACGGCAACUCCAAGGGUAAAGUUAUCAUGCCUCCUUCGGUAUUUGCAAAUACUAAUGAUUAUGACAGGGAAGCUUGGAGGGCCGACAAAGAGCAACCCAUGCCGCAGCCAGUCCAUAGGUUUCGGCGCCUGAAAUACCAAGACAAUGGUAAUUCUUCUAAGAGUAAAGAUGGCAAGGACGAAGAGUCUUCUAUCUUUACGCCUUUCGAAGAAUCGCAGGUGGAUGUGCAAGUCCACAGUCUUAUAACAUACAGUCACAAGUCUAAGGAAUGGCCUUCAUUGGACAAUAAAGUGCACGUCAACAAUCACCAGACUCGACUCGAUUUUCCCGAGGAACAGAUUAUGGAAGAAUCUGUCCUGGUGAAACCUUCUGAACGGGACAUUCCAUUCUUUAGCAAAGGGGAAGAAAUCAUCAAGCUGUCGUACCACACGACCGCUUGUGAGGGAUAG